UUAGAGCCUGGAAGAUUAUUUAUGUUUGGCAUUAACUCUUCUGGUCAUAAUUUCAAGUGGAGAGAAAAGGAAUACACAGGAACCCUCUUAUUAUCUUUUGAAAUAUGAAGAUCACAGGAAAAGAAGGGUUUAAACUGGGGAGUGAUGGUCCUUAAAACCUGUCUGUACAUUAACUGGCAUCCUACCCCUAUAAAAACAACAAGGCUUUCCAGGCACAGUGUGGACCUCGUGAGCUGUUAGCCUUGCUUUGAGAUCUGAGUUUUUAUACACCGCAGGAGGAAACUGCAGCCUGUGGGGCAGGGUACCUAUACAAAUGUUGGAUUGAUACAUUGGGAGCUAAAUUCAGGAAUUAACACUCCACGGGUGAGGAAAAACAGAAGCAUGGACAGCACUAAAGACAAUGAUAAACUACCGAAGAGGAUUACAUUUCCAGGAUCUGUGUCCCUGGCUAACAGCCACGUGCACGCCCAUGGGGUACCCCUGAGAGAGCCCUUUGGGGUUCCCUUCCACCUGGACCCAUCUUACUGGGAGCAAGCCUACAGCGGGCACACAGGCCGCAUCUCCUACCUCCCAUUUCCUGGCUGCAUGGGCAUCUAUGACUAUUCCUUCGAGCCUGCCUUCAUUCGCAAGAGGAACGAGAGGGAGAGGCAGCGGGUGCGCUGCGUCAACGAGGGCUACACGCGCCUCAGGGAGCACCUGCCCAAGGAAUUGGCCGACAAGCGCCUCAGCAAAGUGGAGACCCUGAGAGCUGCCAUAAGCUACAUCAAACACCUGCAGAGCUUGCUGGACUGCCAUCCCUUAGGCUCUUCCAGUAAGGAAACGCUCUCUGCCAAGGAGAGCCCGGGAACUCCCAGUCCGGCUUCCCUGCGGGAGUGCAACAGCGAUGGAGAGUCCAAAACUUCUCCAGCGUCAUCCCCCUACAGUGAAUUUGAGGAGAUGGGCAGCUAGGUCUCCUCUCUGGACUCAGAAAGCUUCAAGACUGGCUGAAAAGCAAUUUCAAACCCUGGGGAAUUUUCUACGGGUGAAAAUUAAUAUCAGGGAAAGCAAAAUCAGAUAGGGAAGGCAAGAAAAAAAGGGUAUUUUUAAUCUGUCAAAAGACUUUAAAUGUUUGCUGAAUAAAACUUAAACGUGAUUUGUGAACAAACAGAUAUCUCGCAGGUUGCUUCAGCUGUGUUACUAAGCUUCCUUUGGACUGAUAAAUUGGAGCAACAUUUACAUUCUACUUUUCAUUCAGCUUUUAUUAUGUGCUAUUUUCUUUUGCCUUUCACUUGAGACAGUAAAACCAGAUAAAUCAAUUUCGGGGAAUUCCCCAUCCCUUUUUCCUGCUUUGUCCAGUGAAUUUUACUGUCUGUUUUUCCUGACUGCUAACCUGAGAUGCACUGCACUGCAAACACUUGGACUGGGGGAGGUAAG